AUGCAGCAGAAUACAAUGGCGAGCAGUAAAGGAGUUGGAGUAAUAUCUCGAUCGAAGGGGGGCGACAUUGCUCUUUCACUCGCUGCUUUUGUGCAAGGGGUUGAAGCUGUGUUGUGGAUUAAUGGCUGCAGCGCCAACGUCGGCAUUCCCCUCUAUUAUAAGAACCGUCAGAUCCUCUCGCCGCUGAUGUUCAACUUCAGCAAGGUGAUUCCCACCGAGUCGGGCGCUAACAUUAUUAAGUACGCUGUUGAAGACCCUCUGGCUGAGGAGAACGAAGGCAGCGUCGUUCCCAUUGAACGAGCCAAUGGACAUUUCCUCUUUGUGGCUUCUGAGGACGACCUGAACUGGGACAGCAAGGGGUACCUGGACGACAUGGUGGAGAGACUGAAGCGCCAUGGGAAGAAGAACUUUGAGAGCAUUACUUACCCUGCAGCCGGACAUUUACUAGAACCUCCUUAUGGACCGCACUGCCCCUCUGCUUUACAUGGGAUGCUCAGGUUUCCAGUGGUGUGGGGUGGAGAGCCCAAAGCUCAUGCUGCAGCUGAACUCCACCUGUGGAAGAAGAUGCAAGAUUUCCUUCUAGCUCACCUGAGCUGCAGUGCUGCUCAGACUCAGUCCAAAUGAUAAAUUUGGUCUCCUCUAGAGGAAAUGUUCCAGGGUUGGUGUCCUUCAAAUUUAAGAAGUGGCUUGAAUGACAUUAUUGUUUCAUGAAUGUUCUGCAGCAGAUUUUGGUGACUGUAAGAAAGUUGGUCAGAAGAAUCAGCUGUGAUAAGCAGUAGUACAUUUAAGCCUAGAAGAUAAACAGAAGCUAAUAUUAGGAUACCUAAUUAACUGUAUGAUGAUGUAGGCAAUUUUAUUUGUAUUGACAAACUGUUUAUUAUUCAUUAACUGUUAUUAAUUUUUUUCAAUUUAGUUUAUUUA